CUGACCAGUCAACGCUGCCGAAAUUCCAGUUUCUAUGACAAACUGUAUCUCUGCCCUCUCCCCUCGCUCUUCUCGUUAUCGUUGGGUAUCCUCUUAGUCCCCAAUUGUGCCUCUCGGCAUCUCCAGUCUCCUCUUCAGUGGCCCAAAAGCCCAAUUGUCUCCACUUGAACCGCUCCAGGUAAAAAAUCGCCCAAAACAGCAAAACUACCGCCGCCUUUUUAUUUUCGCAUGCGCGCUCUCCGACUUCUUUCUUCACGCCUCUGUGUCCCCGUCAGUCGUCGCACCUUUACCUUCACUUCUACCGUCAAAAUGAGCGAGAUCACUCACCCCACUAUCAAGGAUGGCUGGUUCUCCGAGCAGUCCCGCAUGUGGCCCGGUCAGGCCAUGACCCUCAAGGUCAACCAGGUUCUGCACCACGAGAAGUCCAAGUACCAGGAUGUUCUCGUCUUCGAGAGCAGCGACUACGGCACCGUCCUGGUCCUGGACAACGCCAUCCAGUGCACCGAGCGCGAUGAGUUCUCUUACCAGGAGAUGAUCACCCACCUCGCCAUGAACUCCCACCCCAACCCCAAGAAGGUCCUGGUUAUCGGUGGCGGCGACGGCGGUGUCCUCCGUGAGGUUGUCAAGCACGAGUGCGUCGAGGAGGCUACCCUCUGCGACAUUGACGAGGCCGUCAUCCGUGUCUCCAAGAAGUACCUGCCCGGCAUGAGCAUUGGCUUCUCCCACCCCAAGUCUCGCGAGUACGUCGGUGACGGCUUCGAGUUCCUCAAGAACCACAAGAACGAGUUCGACAUUAUCAUCACCGACUCUUCUGAUCCCGAUGGUCCCGCCGAGACCCUCUUCCAGAAGCCCUACUUUGAGCUUCUCAACGAGGCCCUAACUGACGGCGGUGUCAUCACCACCCAGGGCGAGAACCUCUGGCUCCACCUCCCCCUCAUUGCCAACCUGAAGAAGGCCUGCAGCGAGGUCUUCCCCGUUGUCGAGUACGCCUACACCACCAUUCCCACCUACCCCUCCGGCCAGAUCGGCUUCAUGGUCUGCUGCAAGGACGCCAACCGCAACGUCCGCGAGCCCCUUCGCUCCUGGACCCGCGAGGAGGAGGAGAAGCUCUGCCGCUACUAUAGCCAGGAUAUCCACCGCGCCAGCUUCGUCCUGCCCAACUUUGCCCGCAAGGUUCUGGGUAACUAAGUGGAUGAGUUGGUUGGUACGAGUAAAAUUGUUUGUCCUGUUUUCAGGGUGUGAUUAAAUUAUGAACUGAAGAAAAAGAUGCAGUAUCUUAUCAAAUGAAAUGCAAUCUGGAUCACGAUGAUUCCUGUCCCAACUUUUCCUAUGGUCGUUAUAGUUGAUUGAUAGCAUAUUCUUGUAGUUGCUCCGG